AUGGGAAGAACCUACAUUGUAGAAGAGGCUGUUGGCCAAUACCUUUCAAACAUCAAUCUCCAAGGAAAGGCUUUUGUGUCUGGUCUUUUAAUAGGACAAUGUUCUUCACAAAAGGAUUAUGUGAUUCUUGCCACAAGAACACCACCCAAAGAGGAACAAAAUGAGAGCCUCAGCCAUCCCAAAGUUAAGUCAGACAUCUUGGAUGAAGAAUGGGCCACAGAGCAUGCCAACCAGGUUUCCAGAAUGCUACCAGGGGGACUUUUAGUUCUUGGAGUAUUUAUCGUUACAACUUUAGAACUGGCGAGUGAUUUUCAAAAUGUUCUACGCAGACUAGUCUUUGCAAUUGAGAAGUCCAUGAGUAAAAAAAGACUGUGGAGUUUCACAGAAGAAGUCUCAGAACGAGUGAUACUUCACAUUUGCUCCUCUACAAAAAAAAUACUUUGUCGAACUUAUGAUAUCCAUGAUCCAAAGAGUUCAGCAAGACCAGCAGAGUGGAAGUAUCAAAAUGGACUCUCAACCUCAUGGAUUUCUUUACAGUGUACAGUUCACAUUAAUAUUCACAUUCCACUUUCUAGUACUUCUGUCAACUAUACUCUGGAGAAAAAUACGAAGAAUGGACUUGUACGCUGGGCCAAACAAAUAGAAAAUGGUAUAUUUUUGAUUAAUGGGCAAGCUAAAGAUGAGAAUUGUGACCUACUAGAAGGACAGAAAAAAUCUAGAGGAAGUGCACAAGUGACUCAUUCUUCUUUUGAUGUCAGAGUUCUAACUCAGUUGCUCCUGAAUUCAGACCACAGAUGCACAGCCACAGUCCAGAUCUGUAGCGGUUCUGUAAACCUUAAGGGCGCUGUGAAAUGCAGAGCUUAUAUUCAUAGCAGUAAACCCAAAGUUAAAGAUGCUGUGCAGGCCAUAAAGAGAGAUAUACUGAAUACAGUUGCUGACCGUUGUGAGAUAUUAUUUGAAGAUCUGCUUUUGAAUGAAAUUCCAGAAAAAAAAGAUCUUAAAAAAGAGUUCCACAGCCUCCCACAUCGUGUUUUUGUUCCCAUACCUGGAUCCACUGUAAUGUUAUGUGAUUAUAAGUUUGGUGAUGAGCCAGCUGAAGAAAUUACAAACCACUUUAUAGAGAUGUUAGAUAAAAUCAUUCAAAUAGAAGAUUUGGAAAUUGCAGAGGAAAUAAGCACAGCUUAUAUGAGUUCCUCUAUGGAUAGUGAAGCUUCUUUGGACAACACAGGUGAUGAUGAUGCACAACCAAAACAACCUAUUAAAGCUACAAUAAUAUUGAAAAUUCAGCAAAACAUAGGUGUGAUCACAGCCUUUGCAGUUGCAGUCCUUGCUGCAGGCAUCUCCUUUCAUUACUUCAGUGAUUAG